GCGCGCGAGGAGGGAGAAGAGGACAAUGGGGGAGGCUGGCGUCGAGGUGCGCGACACGGGCAGGGAGAAGAGGGCUCGGCAGACGAUGAUUGACUAUAUGUACGCCAAGGAGAAGUUGGUCGAGUUCACAGACGAGUGGCUGCAGUGGAUCUACGUGAAGGGGUUGCCAUUCAACGCCUUCCGUGGUCCGGAGUUCCAGAGGGUGAGGCAGACGGUGGAGAGAGUGCCUCGCAGUGUCCAAUUCCGGUUUCCCUUGUUCAGGGUUACAGCGGGCGCCGGUAUUCCUUCGCAGAGGGCGAAGGUGGCGACGAUGGUGAGCGAGGUGCGCAUCGUUUUUCGGCACAGAGGUGCCACCAUUCUCCCCGACGGGAGGAAGUCGCGUAGCGGCAAGCCGCUCGUGAACUUCCUCACAGGGGGCGCCAACGGCGCCUUGCUCUACGCCACCGUCGCACGUGACGGGUCGGUCCGAGACACAGCGGACAUCGUGUACCGUAGGUGGCUGGCCAUCAUCUUGUCCUUUCCUGCAAAGGACGUGAUCGGCUUCCGCACAGACUCCGCCAGUAACUAUACGGCGGCGGCGCGCAGAUUCGCCACUGACCGCGACCCCGACAUUAGGAGGAUUACUUGGCUCCCCUGCUCCACCCAUGUCUGCAACUUGAUGUUGUCAGAUAUCGAGAUGCGAGUGGGGUGGGUCAAGGACACCAUCAUCCGCGCUCGGGCGCUUGUGAGAUUUUCUAAAUCGCACAGCGCUGCUCACGCCCUGUUUAGGAAAGUGAGCCCUUGUGUUCAGCUCGUCGAGCCCGUUGAGACACGGUUCGCAUCGGUUUUCCUGAUGCUGACGUGUCUCAAAGGCCGACAAGACGCGUUGGAGAGCAUGUUGCACGGGGAUGCUUGGGCACGCAUUCUGUGGGAGCGCAGGCAUGUACCGCAGGCGCAGUGGGUACAGCAGCAGAUCCGGGACGCGGAGUUUUCGCGUUGUGUCCAGUACGCCCUCCUUAUCAUGGCGCUCGUCCACCAACUGUUGUGCAGGAUGGAUAGGAGGGGGAUGAUGAUGUCCGUCGUUUACGAGUGGAGUCAGCAUGUGUUGCAGUUGAUGAGGAGGGUCGACGUGCCGGAGGACAUGAUCGAGCCGUGCGUGCGUGAGGUUGCCAUCCGCAACCUCCACAUGCUAGAGCCCACACAUGUCGCGGCCCACCUCCUCAACCCUCGUCGACGGUCCCUCAUGUAUUACGAGUCGUUACAGACGACCGCCGACGACGCCCAUGUGGUCGAGGAGUGCGACAGAUUUCUCCUGGCGCAGACCGGCGGCGAUUCGGUCGGCAGAGUGCACAGGACCGUGAGGGACCAGAUGAGGGCCUUCCACUCGAGGCGAGGGGAUUGGGGAGAUCGGUCCCUCUCCGAUGUCGAGGCGGCCGUUUGCAGGGGGGACCGCGAGACCGAGCGAUGUGCAGCGUGGUGGUUUGACCAUGGACGGGCCCACCCGGAGUUGCGCACCAUCGUCAUCCGUGUCAUGCACUUGUGGACGUCCGCCUCUCCAGCGGAGAGGAACUGGGCGCAGCACGAGCGCAUCAACAUGGCGAGGCGCUGCAAGCUUGGGUUUGCCAAGCUUGCACAGCUGGUUGAGAUUGCCACCAAUCUCAAACUGGCCUCGUGCGCACGGCAGGGUGGUGGCUACGUGUUGCCAUGGGUUAUGGGGACCGGUUGGGAGGGGACGGCGGCAGAGGACGAGGAUGAGGAGGGAGACGUGGAUCCCGAGGUGUGGGGAGCGCGACCUGCUGGCAGUGUUCUAGAGGUGGAGAUCGAGCGGCAGAUUGUAGCUUUCCAGCAUAGCCGACCGUCCAGAGCCCAUUCGGUUCGGGACGUGUUCGGCAAGAGGGCGACGGAGCUGCGACCGUGGCCAGAGGGUGGGGAUGAUGCAGACGUUGAUGCGGCAGACGACAACAUCGACGACGAGUGGACAGACGAUGAUGACACGCCGCUGAGUGGCGACCCGACGGCGGAGCGGGUGUACUUCACUUGCGGUGGGGGACGUGACGGCAUGGAUUCAUUCACAUCACUUAUCACUGGUGAUGUGUCGUCGACCGCACAGGCGAGUGGCAGCAGCAGAGCCGGUGGUGGUCGUGGAGGAGGUUCGCGUGCGGAGGUUGGCGUCGACGACUCGGGGGAGCAGCAGCCACGGGGAGGCCUUCGGCACACAGGCAGACGUUGGGAGGUUAGGAGCGACAGCGAGGCCGAGGAGGAGGCCGAGGAUGAGCAGGUGCCCCUUCACGAUUGUCGCUUCUCUCCUUCCCAUCAUCGGAGCACUGCACAGCCCGAGGCACUUAGGCGUUCGAAGAGGUUGGCGUCGGCAGUAGGCGGAGACCGGACACAUGACGGCAAGGAUUGUGGGGGGAGAGGACUCCUUCCGACGCCGGUAUCCGCCCCCGCUCGCCGUCGGUGCUCCGCACACACGGCUUUGACGUCGGAUGGCUUGGUGGGAGCUUGGGAGAUUUCAAGGGAGUUGGAGACAAAAGGGGCGGGAGGCCGUGACGUCGACGACUCGGGUGUCCCUGAGGAGGCAGUUCAGCAGGAGUUCGAUGAUGAGGGACAGGAUGCCGCCGCGGAUGGUGGGUCAGGUGAUGGACGACGCGGCGACGGGGAGACCGCAAGUGAUGAGGGACAGGGUGUUGCCGUGUGUGGCAGAGGAGAGGGUGGACCCGGUGGAGAUGGGGAUACCGCGGGUGUCGGGGGAGACGAUGGCGACGACCACGGUCCCGAGGACGGAGAUGAUGACGACGACCACAGUCCCGAGGACGAUGCGUAUAGGCUCGCCUUGGUGUUGAGGGACCCCGCAGUACCUCCCUUGCGCCCUGACGACACAGGGCACACUUUCUUCGACGUCCACGUUUUGGCACAAGCGUUGACGGAUGACCCUUUCGCACACAUGAGCCGCAAGAGCGGCAAGAGGCGGGCCCCUAGGAGGGUAUAUUCACCGCCGCCGUUCGUGGUGCAGAGCCCUGGUUGGCCGGGUUCAUCGCUCAGCGGCGUGAGAGGGAGGGAGUCCGGAGCGGGUGAGGUGGCGUCCGGCAGACGCAGUGACGGCGACAGAGAGAGUGCAGGAUCGAUGCCUCCACCACCUGCACGGACUCCGGAGGCUGGGGUCAACGCCGGGGACCAGACGGCGGCACCCGGAGUUGCGCACAGUGGCGGUUCCCCACCGACAGUCCGAGGUGGUGUGGGUGGCGGAUGGUCAGCUGUUCGUCGGGUCGGGAAGCGGUUGCGGGCAGAUUACGACGUCGGGAGGGGCGUCUUCACGGAACGUACGCCAGUUCAGACGGAGGGUGGGUCCGAACGUCCGAGCCUGCAGAUGGCAGGCCGCAUGCUCGGUUUGUCACGAGCAGAGACGAGGAGAUCAUUGGUCCUCGAGGCCGCAGGGACAUCCACGGACAUGCUGGGGGGAGAGCAGUUCACAUCAGGCGAGGAGGGGUUGUCAAUGCGUCCCGGGACGAGACGACAGUGUGGCCUCUCGGAGGUUGAGGCUCGACUCGCGGCAGGGGUCGCCGCUGGCCAGGCAGCAUUGGACGCGAUUCAGAGGGAGAGAGAGAUGGGGAUUGCUGCACGGGCGGCGGAGGACGAGGACGCAGACACAGAAUCCGAGCCGAUCGAGACUGCGGCCCGCAGACGCAGGGCACAAGUGGCCGCGGCAGCCGCUACAGCACAGGCGGCAUACCUCAGCGGAGCACAGGGCACAGGUGCCGGAGGGAGAGGAGGGCGUCGGGGAGGACCGCAUGGCCGCCCGUCCUCCGGGAGAGGCCGCGCGCGCUCUGGAGGGAGGUGACGACGUCCGUGGUAUUUUUUUUUUCAUUAGUUUUUUUUGUUACUCGGUUGUACAGUAUGUGGACAUUAGG